UAAUGAGUGAACAUGCAUAUACAUGCAUGCAUAUAUGCUUUUGAAAACCAAAAUAUGAUCCGAGAGAUGCAAUUGGUUCAUAGCAGGGCUCUCACCUGCCUGCAUGAUCAAAUAGCCUAGCACCUGAAAACAUUCUAUGUUUAUUGCAGAAGAAAGAAUAUUGAAUCGACGUCCAAUAGACGGACAGAAGUCCAAUCAAACCAAGUAGGCUACUAGAAUACAAACACGCUGUGAUGCGCAAGCCAAGUCUGACGUUGUGGUUGAGCUUUGGGGUCUCAUUUUCAUAAGAACGUAACGAUAUAGCGGAUGACAGUUUCGAGUUCAUAUGGAGAACACGGCAAGCGUGAGCCAGUGCGUCAAAACAAAACAUUAGUACUUGAGAAUCUAGAGGCGUGUCGCUGUGUUGCUAUGUACACUACAGUAUAUUUGUUAGAAUGAGAGAGGAGGUGAGGGGGCUGGCGCGGCCACAGCUUCCAACCGUGUGUGGUGCUCUGCACGCUGACAGCCUGCUUACGUCUGCACAUAGAACGCCGACAAUAUUGUAAAUUCUGUUGCUGAGACAGUUGAUGGAGAGACGGAGAUACAACCGGCCUGUAAAAUGUAGAGGGAGGGGACACGACGUUUUCAAAAUACAUAUUUAGUAUGGCGGAUAGAAAAUGUCGACCGCUACAAAAACAGCAAUAUGAUACAACGUCACUCCGACUGAGCGAGACGCAUAUCAGAAUGGAAUCUGCUCAAGCUGCUCUACCGCAUCUGCCUUCAUAACAGCAACUAUUUUCAUGGAAGAACUGGAGUUUUAUCAUUAACGUCAGUGAAAAAUAACAUGACAUGCUCCAAUAGAAAAGACAUUCAUUAUAGGUAAGAGCUUGAGAAUAUUUCACGCCUGGUGAAUAACGCUCAAAUGAAAACAGGUACGAGGAACAUCCUGACCAUAUAGUUCAUUUCUGAAUGGAUCUCAUCGCCGGUUUUGAUUAGGACUUCUUGCAACGUCGCAAUAAACUGCACCAUGGAAAUCUGACUGAUCAGUUACCGGGCUUCUAAUGCUCAGUCGGUGAAUGGGAUGGAGACGUUGUUUACAAAAAGGCAGCAGACAUCUCUCUGAUGUUUUCCACAGACGACAGCAUCUCAUUUGUCAUUUUAAUACAUCUGGGGAAAUAAGCAUUUCCUAUCCUUUCUUCUUCGAGGACAGCAAUGUCAUCAACAACCCGGAGUAGUUUUGUUGUUGUCUGAUCUUAUUACGGAAAAUCAGCACUUGCCUCUGCGUCAAGCAUCGUUUAUGUAACUGAAGUGGGCUGUCUAGGGAAAUCCCUCUCUCAGCUCCUGAUUGGCCCUCUGUACCAUGAGCUCUGGCUCCGCCCAGGAUGUGGCGGUGGAGCAUUUCCUGCGUGACAUAGAGAGGCGUGGCCAGCGGCUCCACUGCGCUGUGAUUGGCUGUGAGGAGGAGCAUCCCCGCGGCGACAUGAACCUGCUCUAUCGCAAAAGCAGACUGGACUGGAGAAAUCGAGACCAGGACAGCAGUAAGAAAAGUUCCAGUCAUAAGGACGCGUCCUCUGCCACGGUGGGUAAGGUGCGGGACCUGGCCUCGUUCCGCCGACACUUCCGCAUGGGCUUUAUGACGAUGCCCGCGUCCCAGGACCUCUCCCCCCACUCGUGCGCCUCCGCCAUGGCGCCGCGCUCCCAGUCCUGCCACGCGGUGGGCGCCGGCGAGCCGGGCGGCCUGGAGAACGGCGACUACCCGGACUGCGACGGGCAGCACCCGUCCCACGGCAACCGCAACCCGCCGACCAAGCCCAAGCGCCACCCCAGCACCCGGCUCACCUCCACGCCGCAGCAGGAGCACCCGCCGCGGGGCAGCAUGGUCGGGCACCCCCCGCUCGAGGCGCCGCCGCCGCCGCCGCCACCGCCACCGCCGGCACAGGGCAGCCAAGGCCACCACUCGUCUGGCAAACACGGAGACAAGAAGAACGCCAUGAAGAAGUCCGAUUCGGGAGAGAUGGCGGGUAAGAAGGUUCCCCCGCUGAAGCCCAAACGGAGCCCGAGCACGCAGCUGUCCUUCGACCCGCCGCUGGCGCGCAUGUCCACCCCGGCCACGCCGCUGCCCUUCCAGAGCGGGGAGCCGUCGCCGCAGUCGGGCGAGGGGGGCGGCCUGGACGACGAGCCGGUCUACAUCGAGAUGGUGGGCCAGGUGUUCACGCGCGAGAGCGCGGCCACGCCACACCCGCCGCCGCUCACGCCCUCCGCCACCACGCCGGACUCCGACUCCGACCCGGGGGAGGCCAUCUACGAGGAGAUGAAGUACCCGCUGCCGGACAACCGCGAGGCCCACCGCCGCCUGCAGCUCCGGAACGAGCGCCUCAAGACCUCCAAGUCGCACCACCACCACCACCACCAUCACGCCUCCAAUGCGGUCUCUGCCGCGUCCUCCCCCUCUGUGGCCUCGUCCGCGCUCCCGCGGCCCUCCUCCUCCUCCCCGGCCUGCUCCUCAUCCUCAAAGCCCAAGGCCACCGUGUCCAUCUCACACUCCUCCCCGUUGCCCUGCUCCUCCUCCUCCUCCUCCUCCACCCCUGUGCCCCUCUCGUCCAGCCCGCACCCCCCACGCGCCCCCACGCCCUACCUCUUGCAGGGGGGCAAAUCGGAGCUGGACUCCAACAGCAAGAUCCCCGCACCCUUCCCUAACCUGCUCCAGCACAAGCCCCCCCUGCUCGCCUUCCCCCAGCCCGCCGCCGCCUCCAGUGGGGUGGGGGCACAGCACAAGAGCACCUCCUCCUCCUCCUCCUCCUCCUCCACCACCGCCGCCGCCGCCUCCUCUUCCUCCGCCUCCAAGAACGCCCAGUCCUCCUCCUCCUUAUCCGGUGGGGCGUCCUCCUCCUCUGCCGGCGGCGGCCACUCCGGCUCGGGCGGCUCCUCCAGCCUCCCCAACUCCUCCAAGGAGUCGUCCGGGGGCUCGGGGAGCGCGCAGGACAAGCAGCAGGCCGAGAGGAGGGAGGCGCAGCUGGGGCCGGCGCCUGGACUGAGAGCACGGAGUCACUCCACGCCGCUGCCUCCGUCCUCCAAGUCCUCCUCGCCAUACUCCCACCACCACAAUCACCACCACCACCACAAUCACCACCCGCACCACCGGCCCUCACACUACCACCACUACCGCAAGCCCGACAAGGAGACGGGCAAAGCCACGUGCUCCGCCUCCUCCUUCACCUCCUCCUCGUGCCAGUCCACCGCGCAGACGCAGGGCAAGGAGGGGAAGUCGGUCAGCUUCCUGCUGAAGUCUGACAAACCGGAGAGGGAAAGAGACAGGGACCGGGACAGGGACCGGGAUAGAGACCGGGAGAGGACAGGGAGAGGGACAGGGAUAGAGACAGGGACAGGGACAGGGAUAGAGAGAGGGACGCGUCCUCUGACACGUCCACCACCACACACGCGGGCCACACACACUCCUCCCAGAGCGCCUCCAGCACCACCACCACCUCCUCCUCCUCUUCCUCCUCGCAGCGACCGCACUCCCGCCCCCACCUGCACCGCUCGCACACCCCCCACGGCGUCUCCCACGGCCUGCCCGCCUACAAGCCCCCGCCGGCCGACAGCCCCCUGCUCUGGACGUACCCCUCCGUGGGCUUCAGGAGACCCCCGGCGUAUGACACACCACGAUCCAGGCUCCAAAGGCGGCGGCGGCGGCGGCGGCGGGAGUGGGCCUUCGUCCCUGCCGGGCAAAGCAGGCUUUGUGCCCUGGGAUGGGAGCGGAGGCAUGGGCCUGCCGGAUGAAGCGCCCUAUUGGCCGAUGCACAGGAAACUGUCCUUCAGUCACAGCAGCAGAGACACAGAGAAGGAGGAUGGCAGCGUGUGGAACGGCAGCACUGACGGCCUGCUGAGGAGGGAGAAGGACGACCUGGCCGUGGGGUUACGCGGAGGCCACUCGGGCAUCCCGGUGCGCAGCGCUGGCAGGGCCUUCGGGCACAGCGAGAGCCUGGCCGGAGCGGACGGGCCGCCCGGGUUCAGGGCGCUGAGCAGAGGAGUGCCCUUACCCUGCCAGACUUUCCCCGCCUGCCGAAACGGAGAGUUGGCACGUCUGGGCAGGUCGUCCUCCACCUCUGGGGUGAGGCAGGUGGGUGGAGGUGACGUCCAGAGACAGAGCAGUCUGCCCAUCAAGGAUGCCCUCAGCCAGCUCCAGGCCCAUGCUCUGGCCCAGGCCCCCUGCAGUCCUUCGUUGUCGCGGCAACAGCAGCAGCUUCAGCUCCACCAGCAGCAGCUCCAGCAGCAGCUGCAGCAGCACCAUCUCCAGCUCCAGUUCCAGCACCUGGCCCAGCUGGCGCAGGGACACCCUCCGACCACCGGGGGCGCCGGCAUGACCACCACCGUCACCGUCUCUGGCACCGUGGCUGCGGCCGCCGCUGUAGCCGCUGCCGCCGGCGCCGCUAGUGGAGGAAGCCACGGGCAGCGCGACGGCAAGCUGCUGGAGGUCAUCGAGCGGAAGCGCUGCCUCUGCAAGGAGAUCAAGGCCCACCGGCGGCCCGACAAGAGCCUGUACAAGCAGGACAGCAUGCCCAUCCUGCCCAGCUGGAGACAGACCCCGGAGCCCCGCAAGACGGGCACCCCGCCUUGCCAACGGCCCCAGGCAGUGGUGUGGGACACGGCCAUCUGAGGCGGAGUGGAAGAGGGAGGUAGAAUGAUGAGAGGUGGAUGACUUUACAGUUGAGAGAGGAGGAAAGAGAGAGUGAGUUGCUGGGGGGAGGGAGGGCGGGCGGCGGGCGGGCGGGGGGGGGGGAGGUGUUGGGGUUGCAGCACUCAUUGAGGUUGUGACUCUUUUUGUGGGCUGUGGAAGAGCUGGGAGUAACAUGUGCCAUAACUGCUGAAUGGAGGGGGGAUGUCAAAACUGUUCAGAACUACUGAUUCUCACCUUCUGUUGGAAGCAAGCAAAAAAAAAGAAAAAGAAAAAGAAAAAGAAGGAAAAUUAA